AUGGAGCCUCGCGCCCGCGCCGCCAAAAAUGUUGGCAAGAUGAACUUCAGCCACAACGAGCUGGCCCAGCUCCUUUACGCCCACGGCGAUGUGCGCAAUCCGCUCCCCGAAACGAUCCGCGUCCUCGACGAAAUCGUCACCGAGUUCAUCCAAGGCAUGGCCUUCGAGGCCACCCGGGCAGCAAACUAUGCGGGUCGUCAAAAAGUUAAAUAUGAAGACUUCGAGUUCGCCUUCCGCAAGAAUGACGCCUUCCUCGGCAAGGUGCAAGAAGUCUUCGAGAAAAAGGGCGAGAUUGAUUCAGCCAAGAAGAUCUUCACCAAGGACGACGAGGCUGUACUUAUGAAAGACGCCGUGGAUCAGGAGGGGAAGUCGAAGGACAAGGCCGUCAACGGACACACGGAGGCUAGUGGCCCUUCUGCCGAUGCUUCCGCUGCGAAGCAGGAGGAAGAACUGGGCGAGGCGGAUGAUGAUGCUGAUGCAGAGAGCGAGGUUGCGGGACGGCCGGCGAAGAGGGUCCGGCUUGAUGGAGACGCGAAGUGA